CUCUGCUAAAACGAUUUUUAUUAAUAUAGAAUAUAUAAUUGUUAUUUUUGUACAAACAUUACUUUCAUAAAAAAUAGAAAUUUUAUGAAAAUAUAAGGUAUUUCAUUAAAAAGAUAUUACAGUAUGGUAUACAAGCGGCAAUAGGAAUAUCUUACAGAACGAGGUUUCUUUGACACAACUGUCGGCAGACUGAUCACUCGCUUGGAUUUCGUCACAAGCGUUCUCAGCUGACGACAAAAUGACCGCUUUGUGUAUUUAACUACCAGCUGAUUGUUAAAGUUUCAUUUGUAAAACUACGUAAAAUUGAUAUUUUUAUGAAUAUUUUUACAUUAAUUUAAUAAAAUAUAGUGAUUGCGUAUAGACUUUGUACAUAAUCGACAUACUUUGUGUGUAGUGAGAAAAAGAGACGCCAGAAGGGACGCCGAGUACAAGCGUACGAAAAAAGGAGAGGGCUGAGAAAGUGGAAGGUCUUCGUGAGCAAAGUGCUUUGGCUAGGGUUCUAGUCUGCGAUUUUUUCCCGUUCUUCUCGUUGUCCGGGCGGACGGCCAAUGAGAGUAAGUAGGUCAGCGCGCCCGUCCAAUCGGUGCUCGAGGCCGGGUCACGUGGGUUUGUUGUUAUCUAUCAGCUGUUUUUCCCGGGCGGGCGGGUGGCCGGCCGGCGCAGUGAAAGCCGCUUGGUACUCUGUUCUCAGUCCUUCCCGGUUGCUCAGCUGUGCGUCACAUGUCGGCUACCGCGGACCCUACUCCUGUCCAUAUACCAUCGAAUCGUGUACCGCUUGUACGUUCAGCUUGCAAAAUAGCGCUGAAUUUCUAUUCACUGGCGAGCAUUAGUCAUAUAUUAUGCUAUCUACCGCGUAUACGCCAACGUAUUAUCACAAAUCAAUCACGAAGUGCCUCGAACAUGCAGACGGCGUGACGAACACAGGCAACGGUGCACGCCGUUUUGUUGAUACAUUGAGUUCUGUGUUCAGGCCGCGAAGGCCACCGCGUCCUUCUUCGGUCUAGGAUCGCAUUUGUUAACGCAAUUGCAAUUUAACGCAAAACUGCCCGAUCUGUCCUCAGUGUGUAUACGAGUGAUCGUGGAACAAUGACUUAAAAUAACGUGUUGCAGUACGGAACUUCGAUAGGAAGGAAAAAAAAAGAGUAUAACAAGUGUUUUAUUUCCGGGAGUGUUUUUUGCUAAUAUUCAAUCAAAUCAUAGAUACACUCGUAUCGUCUCUUCACAAGUGUUUAACUGUUAAAUCGCGCGUGAAAUUGUUAUUUCUCUUUGGUAUGAUAUUAAUAUAUUUGCUUCCGGUUUGUUCACGAUAUACGUAUACGUAUGUUUAUCAACGAAAAUUUCAAAGACGAUAAUAGAAGAGUGAGUUAAAUUGUAGUGUAAAUGAUCUUUAUGAAAUACCAAUUUGCGCGAGAUACUUUUGAGAACGAUUUGUUAUAAGGUGUUCUAUUGUAAGAAAUAUCAGUGCAUCCUCGUCAAGCGAUUUAAUAAAGUGAUCGAAACGAUCGUUUAUUCAUAAAUAAUCACGAAUAAUGUCGACGGGUAAGAGGUUGGCGAAACGUAGCAUAAUCGGCACCAGAGUGUGUGCUCCCGGAGAAGAUGGCAAGUACUAUAGUGGCGUCAUUCACGCCGUAAAAACGCCGGCGUCAGCCGCGUCCGAGUCAGGCCUCAGUAUUACACCGAAGACUCGUUAUUCCGUACGCUUCGAUUCCGUGCCUGGCGGUCGUCCGCCAAGUCCCAGCACCGAAUACUCUGAUCGCGACCUGAUCGGGCCAGGCUUCGGUUCCGUCACCAGCGCACGCCUCGUGCCCGGCCAGAAGGUCUAUUUGACGUAUAACGGACGGGAAAUUCACGCUGAGGUCACGCAACAUCGUGAACACCAAGACGAAGUGGAUGUUAUAAUUGCACCGAACGGUCAAGAGACGAUGAGGCUGACCAAGCGUAUAGACGAGGUCAGGUUGCUGGAGUCGCGUAAGAGCGCACGGCUGGCCGAUCAGGACACAGAUUUCGCUAGGCUCGCUGAUAUGGCAGGUGAUCGAAAGCGAGCAUCCUCCCAUUCCAUCGACGUGCCACACGUGAUUGGAUCCAGAAAGCGGCGACCGAGCUCGAGCAAUGAUUCCGAGCGAUCGUUUAGCGGCUGGAGCGAGCGAAUACCCCACGGAUGUGGUCGCGAGGGGUGUCGCACAAACGAGCGCGGCGACUGCAUGGAUGAAUGCACAGCCGCGCUAGUUCUCAUGUCGCUCUCGUGCUCGCCACACAGCCCUCACAAUCCUUUACCGUUACACUGCCAACAUAAUUACGGUUCCUGGGGAGGUCGAGGUGGCGGAGGUGGUGGCAUGGUGGUCGGCUCGCCGGGAGUCGGUGGCACGUCUAACAGCAGCAGCAGCAGCGGGGCUUCGUGGCGCAGCGGCACCCCCAGCCCCCCUCUCAGCGACGAGGGGGCGCCCACCACCGGCUCCCUGUGGCCGACGUCGGCCCAUUCCUCGCACAACCAGCAACACUAUCCUUACAAUGUGUCUGGAUCGUCGUCGAGUAGCACUCCAGGCUCGACUACCACUUUGGACGAGGGCAUAGUACCCGACUACCUCGAGGAACAACAUCCCCGCAAGAAGAAGAUCCGGGCGAAAGUGAGCCGAGAGCCGAUCGAGAAUGGACCAGCUAACAGCGCCGUCUACGAGAGCGAACAAGCUAACGCAGCAGUAGUAUUUAAAUGUACUUGGCCAGGUUGCUUAGAAAUCAAAGCGACCGUGCCGCUUAUCGAGGAGCACGUGCGCCAAUCGCACUUGGGACCUAAAAAGACGAACAAUUACGAUAACGAGGAAAAUGAAGACAUUUCCGAUCACGAGGAAGAAUUUUAUUAUCAGGAAGUAGCGGUGGAUCAUAUGAGUUCCCCACCAACCAUGUCACAUAGGGACAUGGCCAGACCUCCGCACGAGGAUCCAGAAUAUCAAAAACAACUUCGUUUGGAAACCUCUUCCAAUAAUGCCGAAAACAUGAUGGUGAGCAUCAGAGAACGAACCACAUUCGCCGCUUCGCAAUCACCGGGUACACCGAUCAAGCAUAUAAAGUUGUCACCCAGGCCAUUCCAGGCGUAUCAACAGAAUAUGGGCCUCCUGACGGUGUCGACAGGAAAGAUGCCAUCAUCACCCCGACGAAUUCGGGGCGAGACGAAAAAAUGCCGCAAAGUCUACGGUAUGGAGCAUCGCGACUUAUGGUGCACACAGUGCAAAUGGAAGAAGGCCUGCAGUCGUUUCGGCGACUAGGCCAAGCGGCCGCUCCGUUCGUACGUCCGCGGGCGGAGACCGUCGCCGAGCCGACCCCAGAGUUUGCCAAUGCUACAUUAAACUUCUCGCCAACUGCCAGCAAACAAUUGCCAAUUUCCACACACAGUCAAACACAUACAGUUCAGUCAGUUCAGUCGUAACAGUCAAAGUUACAGUCGUCGUCGUCAUCGUCAUUAUCAUCAACAAUCGUGGCGUUGUUGUUGCCGCGGCGAUGGCGACAAUACUCGCACGAUACACGCGCGAAAUACACGUAUGAUUCGCGUUGUACCAUGGUCACGGAUUAGCGAAAAUAUAAUUUAUGAUAUCGUCCACCAUUUUGCGAAACCGUUCGACCUGAUCCAUAAACAGAUCUCCAUAAAGAAGCAUCACGAAAAGUAUCGAGGAUCGAUAUAAACGAUCUCUGUGGUGUGAGGAGUUCAGCGAGGUGUGUCAUAUCACCGAAACUCUUCGUCUCUAAUUCUUCUUGUAAUAGUCGUGUUUUACUCGGUGUUCCCCUCGAUUUUCUUUCUCGUGGAAAACGAGGUUGACGAUGAGAGAAACAUGAACCUAGAGAGAUACGUCAAUCCCAUGACGGAUGGCGGACGGUUAGAAGGGCACAUGUUUCGUACGUGGCAAGAAAAGAAUAUAUAUAGAUUGUGUUUGACUUCGUUCAAAUACAAACGGUCUUGCGUUGUCGAGCGAUGGUAGAAGCGUGUAAGAUGAGAAUCAAGAGAAUAUACGUUCUAAGCAAAAAAAAAAAAAAAUAAAAAAAUAAAAAUAAAAAAAUAAAAAAAAAAAGAAAAAAACAGAAGAUCGUUGACCGAUCGUCGAACGAUUUCUUAUCGCUCUCGUCUGGCACUUGGCAAACUCCGUCAGGGUCUUUUUAGCCGUAAUAAGGGGUUUUGACUAGUAGAUAGCGAAUAAUUGGCGGUAUGGAACGAGGCGUCCUUAGACUGUCGCGCCCUCUCCGACUCUCUUUUUCGACUUUUUCUCUAUGUAAUCUCUCUAUCUAUCUUUUCUCUCACUCCCAUUCUCUAAUCAAACGCAAGAGGGCGCGGAACACAGCCUUGCUUCUGGUUCGCCAGUAACAAGAAGAAUUUUAAAUAAAAAAUUUAAAAAAAGAAAAAAAAAGGAAUUUUUUUCCUGGCUCGCUAGAUAGAUAAAAAAAGAGGCACGCGACUUCAAAAAAAUUACGAAUAGAAGUACGCGCAUUUCUGGCAACUUGUGCUGGUUCCCGAACCGACUCUUAGGUCAUUGCAAUAGGUCUUCCUUCAUCCGAUGAGAGCACUUUGACUCGAUUUCCUCGCCUGGCUCUCUUGCCUUUCCUUCUCGAGGGAUGUCGAUGGUCGUCACGCGAUCCCCGCAGAAAAAAGACCAGUGGAUCCGUGUAUCACGUGUGCGUGUCCCACAUCAUGGCCGGUCGAUUGUCCGACCAAUUAUUCGUGCGUCUGCCUCAUAAUGGGCAAUUCAUACCUGCAUUCGUGGACGAAUGUGCUCGCUGAUUUCCAGAAAUAUCGUAAAAAUAAUACUUCAACAUUUUUAAUUUUACGGAUAUUAAUUAUACAAAUAUUGUUCAUUGUAUAUUUUUGUAUACUUUUUAGAAUUUUAAUUUAAUAUCAAAUGAAUGAAAUCGAUAUGUACUUUGUUAAAAAAAAAUUAAGAUUUGAAUAAAGAUUUUUUUUUAAAUAAAA